GGUAUUGGGAAGGCUGUGUGAUAGUGGGUUCGAUCUUGAAUGCAAAGCCUCGGUAAAUACAACGGAACACCAAUGGAAGUCUAUCUUAUAUAAACACCAGAUUGUAUAUAUUAAAAACCAGACGGGUGUUGAUGAAAGAAACUGUUUCGGAAAUCCGACGAUUGGGGAUUCCCUAACGACAGGUCCUACAACACAUCAAGUUGCGACAUCAACAAAAGCUACACUGACUACGACAAAAACAGCAUCAGCACAGACACGCAGCACACAACCAACUGAAACAACACCUGCUCUUCCAACAUCGUCAACCAGUAAACUGACCACCGCAACUACGAUAAACACGACAGUAAUAUCGACCGCGUCUCCAACAACAUCGCAAAUAUUGACAUCAACGAUAAAGGGGUCAUCAUCAUCCACAGCUCAAAGCAGCUUAAUUUCAUAUGGAUGCAGCAACCACCACCAUGCCGUUGGUUCCUGUGUUUUGAGCACGCUGUUUACGGUCAACGGACAUUGCUACGAGGCAGUUACAGCAAUACAUUCUUGGAGAGUCGCUGAGAGCUAUUGCGUGCACAACGGAGGACAUCUUGCAUACAUUAGUAGCAAGGGGCAACAAGACGCAAUAUACCAAGUUGUUAAGGAUCACAUUGGCCAGAACGUUUGGAUAGGACUCAAUGAUCUGGACAACGAGGGAUCAUAUCGUUGGAUAUCAGGAAACAAUUACAACUACAUAAACUGGAAACCAGGAGCCUUGGUGGAUGGGCAUGACAACAAAGACUGUGUUACCAUGGUUGUUGGAACGUACGGAGGAACCUGGCAGGAUAUCUCUUGUAGCAACCUUCUUGGAUACGUUUGUGAAUUCGAUUCCGUUGCGGUUACAACAUUAUCGGCCACUAUUCAGACAACACCGGAAACAACAAGAUUAGCAACCACAAUACCGGCAAUAGUUACUUUACCAGUAACGUACGGCUGUACUACUGUUUACCCCAACUAUGGAUACACCGAGGCUGGAACACUGUUUACCAUCAACAACACGUGCUACGAAUUGAACGCUAAUCUACACACUUGGAGAACUGCAAACAGCAUGUGCAACAUCAAAGGCGGUUCAUUGGCAUACAUUGACAACAGACUUGUGCAAGAUGCCAUGUACAACGUUUUGAAGAGCAACUUUAAUAAAAAUGUUUGGAUCGGACUAAACGAUUUACAAUAUGAAGGCUACUUUAGCUGGGUAUCAGGCGAAAAGUUGUCCUACACACUUUGGCACAACGGCUAUGUCGGUUAUAACGACGGCGAGGACUGUGUUGUCAUGAUGGCUUCUACUCCGGAAGGUGCUUGGGAGGAUAAACCCUGUGCGCAAAUGCAUGGCUACAUUUGCCAGUUUGGAGGUCACUUAAAAUACCAAACAACAUCAACAACUCGGCCUACCACAGCAAUUCCAGAUAUUCCGAUUGGCUCAAUGUUUAGCGAUGGUAGUACACGUUUGUGCCCUAGCAGUGUAAGAUCUUUUUCCGACCAAUACAGAACUGUGUUGGCUCAACACGGCCACAGCUGCUACGAGUUACUUAACACCGGGGUAACAUGGUCGUAUGCAGAAACGCUUUGCGAGAAUGGAGGUGGACACUUAGUCCAGAUAAGUGGACAGCAGGAAGAAACUUACAUCCAGCAAUUUCUCCUUCGUCAUGGUUCUCCUGAUGUCUGGAUUGGUCUAAAUGAUAGGCAAAGCGAGGGGCACAUGCACUGGACUUCAGGUGAACCAGUAAACUACUUGCACUGGAUACGAGGUCACGAGGACAACAUUGUUGGUAGAUAUGAUGAGGACUGUGUCGUCAUGUUUCCACAACGAGGUGGACACUGGGACGACGUGCCUUGUGGGUGGCAGAAUGGAAUGGUAGAGAAACAUGUUGGCAUUUGUGAAUACAGGAUACAGACUUCCGGAUCAAUUAUUGGGAAGUGAACUUUUGCUACAACACGGUUUAUUGUUAUCACAAA